AUGGCCUUAUCUCACCUCGAGAUAGCCUAUGAACUUUCAGAGCCAGUUGCACAAGAUCCUUAUUUAAUAAUCCGGCACGCCAUUAGACGCGCUGAUCAUCGGAUUUGCAUGUGCCACAGUCUCUCUUACAGCAGGCUUCUGGCCGAUGGUGAAUCGCCGUGCUUUGACGAUAUCGACCUCUGGUCUCAGCUGAGCCAUCCGUGCCUACUGAAAAUUCAUGAGGUGCUCCAUGAGGUGCAGUCCAAGCAGGUGCACAUUGUGGUAGAUGAGCCACUAGGGCAGAGCAUGCGUGAUGUUAUAUCUAAAAACGAGAAACACAACAGGUAUGUCGACGAAAAGACCCAAUGGAAGGCGUUGUCUUCCCUCGCCGAUGCCUUGGCGUAUCUGCACUCUCCCAUCAGAACGAAUACCCGAGUCAACCGGCGGAUGGCCCAUCGCUACAUUUGCCCUGAUACUAUUUAUGUUCUAGAGUCAGGCGUUGCCCAGCUGGGCCCGCCACCACUGCUACAUCUGCUGGGGAUCCGACAGCUUUCAGAUAUGCCCACAUCAGCUCACAGGUACCUCGCCCCUGAGAUCCUCAUGAUGCGCUCCUAUGGAGAUAAGGUCGAUAUCUGGAGUUUGGGCUGUACCCUCUUUGAAUACGGUUCGAACAAGCCCUUUAUCAUAGACACACAGCCCGCUUUAAUAGAAAAGCGGUGCCAAGAAUUCUACGGAAACGUUGCCAUGUAUAAUCUUUCCCCAGUAAUGAUAAAGCUUCUCUCAUCUCUCUUAGAGUUCCAAGAAGACUUGAGGAUAUCUGCUGUCGAUCUACGUCAGCAUUUCAGAAUCAAAGACACUCUUCUAGACCCCGAUACUCUAGACUAUUACGGACGAAAUCAUGAUAUAGCAAGAAGCUGUGGUUAUAUCACCUCUUCGGCAGUCUCUGACACUACCAGUGAUAGGGCAACCUCUAGUGCUUCUAGUGUAUCAAGCACUUGUGCCAUUGAGUCUUCCUCGCAAAUACCAACGCUGGAUACUGUUAGCAUGACGCGUAAAACCCUUCCUCUGGCAGACGGAGCUGUCUUUGGGAGAAACAGUGUCAUAGCAACGUCAAGGGAACCGGUGACUCUCACUGUGGAGACUGUACCCCUGACUUCACAUAAAAAUAAGUUGAAUAGCAAACAAGUAACACUUGUCCCUGAGCAAAAAGAGCAUGUACUUGACAAUACUGAGCAAGAGAUUAGUGAAAAGAAGCAGUGGUUAUCUGAAAAUAAUUACGGCAUCAAUCCUGAUUUACCCAUCUUGAAAUAUGCACCUGAUAUUGUUGAUAGGCUAGUUAUAGACUUUCUAAAUAAUCAUGACAUCAAUACCAUAACCAUCGAAGACAUCUUAAAUAGAGUAACACGCCUAGUACCGGGGUACUUCCCCCUAUCAGACGAUUUAAAAACCCACAAGUAUACCAGUUCCGAUUUAGUUGAUAUGAAUGUCAUAAAGGAUGUGCUGGAAGAGCGGCUGAAACCAUACCGUGAGCAAUUACUGACUUCGUCAACUGUUACGCGGCCUGCUACCUUCCAUUAUGGGGAGAGAUUCCUUCCCAAGCUGCAUAGGAGCAAUCUGGGUCCAGUAGUGCUUAACCCGGAGUCUCGUGUGUUUAGGAAGGAGCCACUGAGUGCAGAAUUAGAGAAUCAGCUGACCCAAGCCUCCAGUACGACAGGUCAUGAAGAGAGUUUGCCACCAAUAUCGACCGGCGCCCUUGCCAUGGCAGCUCGUAGCAAUGCGAAUCCACCGAAUAGGAACGUAUCCCUCGGUGCCUACAAUAUCACCGCCAUUUUGCAUGAUAAAUAUCUGGAAGAAACUCCUGCUGAUGCACUGGUCUUAAAACGACAGUACUUUGUUCUAUUUCCAAAUCUACUCUUGCCUGACUUAUGGGCGCCUGAUGUAACUGGUUUGAUGCGUGCCGCAGCGACCAAUGACAUGAACACCUUGCGACACCUGGUGUGUGACGAAAGGCAGCUGAGAGCGGUUGAUGACUGUGGGCGGACGGCUUUGAUGUAUGCUGCUGCUAACAACUCCAUCGAUGCCGUGGAGAUGCUGAUGCGAUAUGAGGCUGGUUUUAUCUCCAACGACGGAGCUACAGCCUUGAUGUUUGCCUCCCAAAGAGGAAGUAAUGAUGUGGUUAAACUACUUCUUCAUCAGGAGGCACAACUGCAGACAAAUAGUGGUACAACAGCGCUAAUGAUAGCUGCAAAGUAUUAUCGCGCGACAACCGCAUACAUAUUAUUGGAUCUUGAAGCAGGAAUUCAGGAUGCAAGUGGGAAAACAGCCCUGAUGUAUGCUUCUCUAAAUGGUGACGAAGAAAUAGCGUUUCUGCUGGCUCCCAGAGAAUCAGGAAUCCAAAAUAUCAACGGAGAAACUGCCCUAAUGCAUGCGUUAGCAAAUGGCAAUAAUCACAUAGCACGGUUGCUUUACUUCAGAGAAGCCGGGCGUGUGUCAAAUACUAAAAGCACUGCAUUAAUGCUUUGUGCAAAGACUAACAAUCUCGAAAUAGGACGGGAGCUGGUGGAAAAGGAAGGCCGUCUUCGAAACACCCAUGGAGACACAGCGCUAAUGCACGCGGCAUCUGCUGGAAACAUUGACCUUGUGGCUUUGCUACAUAGAAUCGAAGGUAAGAUGCAGAAUACAGGAGGACUUACGGCCAUGAUGAUAGCCGCACAAAAGGGGCACUUAGACGUUGUCAGGAUGCUGUCAGCAGCUGAGAUGAGGAUUAAGGAUUAUGCCGGAAACACCGCUCUCAUGUACGCAGCUCAGAACAAUCGUAUAGACAUCGUAAAGUAUUUGUCCGACAUAGAGGGUGGAAUGCAACGAACAACCGGAGAGACUGCAUUGGUUGAUGCGAUAUUAAUGAAUAACACGGACAUUGUUAAAGUUCUUGCGCCUUUGGAACGCACUCUUCUCCUCACCGAUGGGAGGACCCCCGGAGAUAUUGCUAGAAGCGUUAACAAUGAAGAAGUAAGUCUAAUAAUAGGAAUCUGA